AUGUACAACCUAAAAUGCCAGAUCAUCCAUGAAGAUGGUUUCUCUGGAGAAGACGUGAAGCAGUAUAAGCCUGUGGUCUAUAGCAACACUAUUCAGUCACUGGCAGCUAUUGUCCGCGCCAUGGAUACUUUGGGCAUUGAAUAUGGCGAUAAAGAACGAAGGGCUGAUGCUAAGAUGGUCUGUGACGUGGUAAGUCGGAUGGAGGACACAGAGCCCUUCUCUCCAGAGCUGUUGUCAGCUAUGAUGAGACUCUGGGCAGAUUCUGGAAUCCAGGAAUGCUUCAACCGGUCCCGAGAAUAUCAGCUUAAUGACUCUGCCCAAUACUACCUAGACAGCUUAGAUAGAAUCGGAGCUGCGGACUACCAGCCAACAGAGCAAGAUAUCCUUCGGACCAGGGUCAAAACAACCGGCAUUGUAGAAACCCAUUUCACAUUCAAAAACCUCCACUUCAGGCUGUUCGAUGUGGGAGGUCAGAGAUCAGAACGUAAGAAAUGGAUUCACUGCUUUGAGGACGUCACAGCAAUCAUUUUCUGUGUGGCGCUGAGUGGUUACGACCAGGUGCUCCAUGAAGAUGAAACCACGAACCGCAUGCAUGAAUCACUGAAGCUGUUUGACAGUAUCUGUAACAACAAAUGGUUCACAGACACAUCCAUCAUCCUCUUUCUAAACAAGAAGGACAUUUUUGAGGAGAAAAUUAAGAAAUCUCCAUUGACAAUCUGCUUUCCUGAGUACACAGGCCCUAACUCUUUCACAGAGGCUGUGGCUUACAUCCAGUCUCAGUAUGAGAGCAAGAACAAGUCCCCCAACAAGGAGAUCUACACACACAUCACCUGUGCCACCGACACCAACAACAUCCAGUUCGUCUUCGAUGCAGUGACAGAUGUUAUCAUUGCCAACAACCUGCGUGGAUGCGGACUCUACUAAACCCUUCUUCUCCUUCUCCUCUCCCUACGUACACCUGGAAACACUCCCAUUCAGGUUGAUGGGUUUCUCUUACCCUUCCCCCGUCCCAAAAGAUAAGAUGGAGAAGACGAUAAAAAAUUACAUAAACUCCCCUCCCUUUUUCUGUCCCCAAGAACCUCUGAAGAAAGGUCUGCUUUCCCCUAGCCACCCCUUUUUUAAAAAAAAAUUCCUUCUGUUACAUUUGUUUUCACCUUGUUCAGUUUCAGGAAUGACAGCCAAUGUUCAUGAUACUGUAGAGGGAGCUAAAACAACCUCUGCGUUUCAGCUGCCAAAAAAGGCUCAUUCAUGAAAACAAAAUCAGUUUCUCAAAGCUGUAUGACUAGUUUACAUCAAAAUUAGAAUCUGAAACUUAAACACUUUUUUAUUUGCCUAAAAUUGAGGGAUAUUUUAAUUUCCAUUAUUGUUUAUGUUUUUCUUAAACUCUCUCUGGAUACUCGAGAUGAAAGGUAAUCACUUCAGAGGCUCUUUCUGGCACCAGCUUCUAUUCCAAAGUUGAAAGGGUCAAUUUAGGAAACAGAGACAAUAGUGUGAUACUAGAUUAUUUUCUUUUAGAUAAAUAUUUGGACACGUGAAACAGCUGUAAUGAUGUUUGCUGGUGUCACUUAAGACAGACCCAGUAACAGAAGCUACUAAGCAUCGUAAAAUGUUUAUUACCUAUAACAGGCUUACCUCAAGUUUUCAAAAUUAACGUUAAAAUAUUUCUCUAGUAUUUUCAAUAAUCCAUUUCUUACUCUACAUAUAUCUUUAUUCUCUUUACUUGAUACUGCAGAGCUACUGUACUGUAGCUGGGCAACUGCUAGAUGUUCGUGUAACAACCCUCAUGUAACGAGACAUUAGCAACAAGCAUUGUUCCGAGUGAAGUUCUGAAUCAUGUACGUUUCCUGGUAUGACUAAGUAUAAACAAAAUACUCAUUGGGCCCUGUU